GUGACCGCGCUGUCUCGCUAGACGAGACUUGUGACGUCUCGAUUAGCUGCCCGGAAGGAAUUAAGAACCUAUUCGUUAACGGUGCUGCGGGACUUUUAAACAGCGAAUCGGGCUGUGUUCAGAAAAUCAGGCCUCUCCCGGGGAAAGCUGUCCCGAUGGGCGGUAUGGAGUGAUGUAGAGUGUUAAGCACUGGGGGUGUUUGUGGCAAAUAGACGUGUGUGUAUGAACAUGUGGCUGCAUAGUGGCAGUAAUAAUCUGCGUGUGCGCUGAGACAACAUUCGCCAUGAGCUGCCAAGGGGACAACGAGGAGUCCGCGCCUCCACCAGCCAAACAGCGGCGUAUCGUGGAGACCGACGCAAAAGGGAGAGAGAAUGGGGCACGAGAUCCGCAGGUGAGUCAAGAGGCCGAGGCUGCUCAAACGCUCUUUGAGAUGACCAACUGGAGGGAGGCCGGAGAUCAGCGUCAAAACGGAGGAGCGAGCGGCGACCACCAAGCCAAUGUGAUGCUACAACCUCCUGACAAUGGCGGUGCUGAAGAGAAUAAUGUCAGGCUGCAGAGACGCACCCCAGAGAGAGGGGACACUGGGGAAAGCCCACGAGGAACGCCACAUGGCCCCAAGGGAGGAAGAACAGGGGGCAAGCCCCCGAAAUCGUCAAAGCUCAGAGAUGCCGAGGACGCUGGGGACUUGAUAGACCAACAUGAGAGAGUACAGCAGGAUCAAGGGGCGGCAGAUGAGGAGGAAGAACCUUCUGUACUGUCUCCUCUCUCCUCCGAUUCGGAUCAUCCCUCGUAUAGUGAGGGCGACGAGUGCUGCAUCGUUUCUGUUGGCACUCAGCCUACCAACACUGAAAGUUCCCUGCAGGCUCUGGAGUCCAUACAGAAGGAGCUGAGAACAGUGAACGAGCGAGCUGACAGAGCAUUCCUUCAGCUCAAGAAGCGAUACGGGCAUUUGCGGAGGCCGCACAUCCAGAGACGUAAUGCCAUCAUUCGCACGAUCCCUGGCUUUUGGGUCACGGCUUUUCUCAAUCAUCCCCAGCUCUCUGCAAUGAUUGAUGACCGGGAUGAGGACACCUUAAGUUAUAUGAACAACCUUCAGGUGGAUGAUUUCACACUGACAAAGGCUAGCUGCAAGAUCAAAUUCUUCUUCAAUCCCAACCCUUACUUUAAAAAUGAAGUGAUCGUCAAAGAAUUCCAAUAUGGCUCUUCCGGGCGCCUGGUUUCUCGUUCCACUCCAAUCCGCUGGUGGCGAGGACAGAAUCCUGCAUACCGUGGCAAAUCUAGUGGCUCUGCACCAAGCUUCUUCAGCUGGUUCUCCGACCAUAGCUUCCCUGCAGCUGACCGGAUAGCCGCGAUCAUUAAAGAGGAUUUGUGGCCAAACCCACUCGAUUAUUACCUCAUUGGAGAAGGAGAGAGUGAUGACAAUGGAGUAGAAGACAGCAACUCUGAUAAUGCAGACGACUGCGUGGUAAUUGUUGACGACGAUGAAGAGGGGGAGGACGGUGAAGAUGACUUUGAGGAAAACGAUGUGCAUGAAAUCUCUGAUAACACAGAGAAACAAACCGAAGGCACAGAUGGUGAGGAAGAAGAAGAUGAGGAUGAUGAUGAGGUGCUGGAGGAAGAGUCUGUGCACGAGGAAACGGUGGAUUCAACCGUAGAUGAUCACGAGUCAGGAAAUAUCGUGCUGGAUCCUGAUGAUUCAGGGCAAUCCUCUGGAGGGGACGAAGAGUCGGAAGAGGAUGAAGAUGGGUAGCUGAGAUUAGGAAAUGCAGGGAAGCCGCUCCACCCCAACUUCCUAGGAAGCAAGGUGCAAAUCAGGUGUGCAGGAAACACAGUGAGUGCUUCAGCCAGAUAGGAACAUAAAUGAGGCUUCUCCCUGGGCAUGGCGCGCUCCUCACAUACAACUUCUCAGUCAGCCCAUGUAGUACAAAUGCUUUCCUACAUCAUGCAUUGGGAGAGACGGCAUGCCAUUCUGUAACCCACAUAGAAUUUGCACUGGCGACUCUGGGCCCAAUAAGAGGCAGCCUUUACAACUGGCUUCUUUCAGGUUGUGCUCUUAAUUUAACCCCCUUUUUUUUUUUUUUCUUCCGCUAUAUAUCCUUAAACAAAGGUUAUUGAUAAAUUGUAUUUUUUUCUGUAAGCAAUACAAAAGCAAGGUUUAAAUAGAAAUAUAUGCGUAUAUAAAUAUAUAUAUAUCCCAUGCAGUUUAUUAAUAUAUAUAUAAAUUUAUAUAUAUGGGCCAAUUUCAUUUUUAACUCUUCCUUUGCCUGAGGGCCCUACAUGGCAGUUCCUUCCAGGUCCCUCAAGCAAAAUAAAAAAUUGUUUUUAUUCUACUGCCAGGGGCCAUUUUCUUAUUAUGAAGCCCAAAGGACUUUCUUUCUGAGGAUUUUAUUGAUUUGUAUAUUAAAGCAGCCCAGUCUCUGCAUCAA